UGUCAACAUGGAGGACGCCGGAGAAGCUUCCACGAACUCACUUCUCAAAGAUGAGUGCUACACCGACUUUCUGUCAGAGGAGUUUGAUGUGAAGACGUACACCGCCCAGGCCAUCCACCAUGCGGUCAUUGCAGAGCAGCUGGCCAAGCUGGCACAGGGAAUUAGUCAGCUGGACAAAGAGCUGCACAGUCAGGUUGUGGCCAGGCAUGAAGACCUUCUGGCGCAGGCUACUGGAAUUGAAUCUCUGGAAGGGGUCCUACAGAUGAUGCAGACAAGAAUCAGUGCCCUACAGGCAGCGGUUGACAGGAUCAGAGCAAAAAUUGUGGAUCCAUACAACAAGAUUGUUGCCAGGAUCACACAGCUUGCCCGACUCCAGGUGGCCUGUGAUCUUCUGCGCAGGAUUAUUCGCAUCUUAUACCUGAGCAAGCGGCUCCAGGUUCAGCUGCAGGGAGGCAGCAGAGAGAUCACCAAGGCUGCUCAAAGCCUCAAUGAACUAGAUUAUCUGUCACAAGGUGUCGACCUCAGCGGGAUUGAAGUGAUCGAAAAUGACCUGCUGCUCAUUAGCCGGGCUCGGCUGGAGGUGGAGAACCAGGCCAAGAGACUUCUAGAGCAGGGCACUGAGAUCCAGAAUCCUACGCAGGUUGGCACUGCCCUGCAGGCCUUCUACAACCUGGGCACCCUUCGUGAAACCAUCAGCUCGGUGGUGGGGGGCUAUCGAACCACCAUCCAGGACAAUAUUGCAAGUGCACUGGACAUAAAAGGUCUCACGCAGCCGACCAACCCCCGAGGUGCACCAGGCCGUGCAGUGCUGCCCACCCCAGGUGGCAGCGCAGCAUUCCGAGCUGCCCUCUGGACAAACCUGGAGAAGCUGAUGGACCAAAUAUGUGCAGCAUGCAGACAGGUGCAGCACCUGCAGAAGGUCCUGAUGAAGAAGAGAGAUCCUGUCACUCACGUUUGCUUCAUCGACGAGAUCAUCAAGGAUGGUCAGCCCGACAUCCUCUACACUUUUUGGAACGAUGUCACCAACUCACUGAGUGAGCAAUUUCACAAGGCUACAGAAGCGUCGUCCUUCCUCAAACAGGCGUUUGAGGGCGAGUAUCCAAAACUGCUGCGCCUCUACAACGAGCUCUGGCGCCGUCUCCAGCAGUACAGCGACAGCCUACAUGGGGCGCUCACCAGCGGCGCAGGAUUGGACAUCACCCUGGACAUCUCCCCCUCAGAGACUGAUGGCUUGGACCUCUUCACGCACGGCAAACAGGACUAUAAUCCUGAGAAGGCUCUGAAAGACUCCCUGCUGCCCUACGAGGCAGCCUAUCUGUCCAAGUCUCUGUCCCGCCUCUUUGAUCCCAUCAACCUUGUGUUUCCCAUGGGGGGGCGCAACCCCCCCUCCAACGACGAGCUGGACAGCAUCAUCAAGACCAUCAGCAGUGAACUGAAUGUGGCUGCCAUCGACCCCAACCUUGCUCUGGCAGUGGCCAAAAACGCUGCCAAGACAGUUCAGCUCUUCUGUGUCAAGUCCGAACAGCUGCUGUGUACCCAGGGAGAUGCCAGUCAGGUGAUCGGUCCACUUACAGAGGGCCAGAGGAGGAACAUUGCUGUGGUCAACUCCCUCUACCGUCUCCAGCAGGCUGUGGCCAAGAUUGUUUCAGGGCUGAGUGCGACUCCACCUGCUGCUGCAGAAGCUCUGUCUUCCUCACUGGAGGCAGUGCAGGUGUUGAUGGGCAACGCUGUCCAGCCGCUGCUGCAGUCAGUCAGCGACUCCAUCGAGGCCAUCAUCAUCACGCUCCACCAGGAGGACUUCUCUGGGUCAGGAUUGUCUUUUGUUCCGUCAUUGGUGAUUCAGGUGUCCAGCCCCGACAAGCCGGACGUGCCGUGCUCCCUCUACAUGAAGGAGCUGCAGGGCUUCAUCUCUCGUGUGAUGAGCGACUACUUCCGUCACUUCCAGUGCGUGGACUUCAUCUACGAGAGCUGCGAGAGCAUCGCCCAGCGCGCCAUCGAGCUCUUCGUCCGCCACGCCAGCUUGCUGAGGCCGCUGGGUGAGGGCGGCAAGAUGAGGCUGGCCGCCGACUUCGCCCAGAUGGAGAUGGCCGUCGCUCCCAUGUGCAGAAGAGUCUCUGACUUGGGGAAACCGUACCGUAUGCUACGAUCCUUCAGGCCGCUGCUCUUCCAGACCAGCAAUCUGAUCUGCAGCAGUCCAGCUGUGGGAGAACUCAUCCCCUUCAGCACCCUGCUGCACUUCCUGUUCUCCAGAGCGCCGCCCGAGCUCAAGUCGCCGCAUCAGAGAACAGAGUGGUCAGUGGCGCGAUACUCGCAGUGGCUGGACGAUCAUCCCUCAGAGAGAGACAGACUCGCGCUCAUCAGGGGCUCGCUGGAGGCUUACGUCCAGUCGGUCAGAGCUCGACAGGGGAAGGAGUUUGCACCCGUCUACCCCAUCAUGCUGCAGCUGCUACAAAGAGCCUCCAAUGCCUGAGACAGCCAAAACACGUUUCGAUCAUCGAUCCAGCUCUUCUGGGCUCCUUCUGCUGCAUCCAACUCACCUGGAAAAUGACUUCCUCGAUCUGUCCACAGUUGAUCUUCUGCUCCAGCUUUUGUACGUCCGGCUCCUGUGAGGACCAGAGAGAAGAACCUUCAGACUGUCACAACACACACUACUGGGUGUCGUUGAAUUAUUGGGGAGAGUGGUUUCUAUUAAAAUGUUACAACUUCGACUGAGAUGUUCUUUCCUGCUUCUUAUACGGUCAGUUAUUCUGGUUUAAUGGAUGAUUGACUUCAUGCAAAGGUACCGGGGUCCCCGUCAGAGCUAAUGCCAGGACACAUAACAACAAUGUCGUAAGUACGGCUGGACGCAAGUUCGUUACUUGUACUUUCACUGUCUCCUAACCCUCCAAUAUCCAACUAUUGUCACCACGGUGU